AUGUCGGAAGCCGACGUCAGACCUGUGCCCGCGAGGGGCAGGAGCACCACCCGAGGAGGCAGAGGAGGUUUCGGUCGCGGCGGUCCUCGCGGCGGCAGAAAGGUGAAUGGCACAUCAACCGACCCUGCCUCAGUCGAAGAGUCGCUCGAAGAGCAAGGCGAGCUCGGCGAGAUGAAGAAGAAGUACGCAAACGAGCUCGAUAUGCUGAGAGACAUGUUUCCCGACUGGACCGACACCGACCUGGUCUUCGCCCUACAAGAGGCCGAUGGCGAUGUGGCUGCGACCGUCGACAAGAUCACUCAAGGUGCCGUCUCGCAGUUCGCCGAAGUGAAGAAACCCAAGGACCGCGCCCGCUCCAAGGCCAAGGAGGAGCCAGCUGCGGCAGGUGCUGCCGACAAGCCAGCGUUUGCUGCCCGCGGUGGACGUGGACGAGGCGGUUUCGAAGGCCUUCGCGGUGGCCGUGGCAGAGGCUCAGACCGUGGCAGAGGUGGUCAUCGCGGCGGCAGAGGUGGUCACGCGACCGCCAACGGCACCAUUAAAGAGGGCCACACGGAUUCUGUACCCACCACCGAAUCGACCGCCUGGGACACUUCGGCAAACAACACUGCAGGAGAUGGCGCUUGGGGUACUGCUACGACUGCCGCUGAAGGUGGUUGGGACAACUCUGCAGAUGCCACCAAGGACGCCGCAGACGCGGGACAGAGUGCCUGGGGCAACGUGAUCGCCGCUGAAUCGACUCCGGCCGCCGCAUCGGAGGGCGCCAAGAGCAGUCUGAUACCUGAAGGCGGUCCCAAGAAGAGCUGGGCCAGCAUGUUUGCGAAGCCUAAGCCUGCUCCUGCGCCUGUCCCACAGAAGCAGAUACUCACUAAGCAGCAGCCUCCACCAGCCGAACUUGUCGCUUCUGGUCACCUCCCCCCUGCAGCAGAACCUACACCGUCAGCAGUGGAGGAGACGAAGGAAGCAGAAACGUUGCCGCCCGCUCCCCCCAUCCCAGAGCCAGAACAGCCCAUCGCUACCCCUGCAGAUGCACCUGUAGAGCGACCCUUAACAUCAGAAGGCGAAGAACUCACGCUAACGCCAUCGAAGGAUCCAUUGACCGAAGAGAACGUCGAACAUCUUCCUGACGAAUCGCACCCUCCAGCUACGCAUACGGUUGCUAGCACCACGGGUUCCAUCGACCCUCGCAACCUGACUCCUCUGCCCUCGCAACCAGCGCCCAUCGGCCGGCCUCCUAUGGGUGGCUUUGCGACGAGCGCGAACCGUCUGGCUGGCACCGGCGGCAGAAGCGCCAGCUUUCAGCGUAGAGUAUUGGAGCAGCAAGAGGCGGUCGUCAUGCCAGGUCACAAUGCACUGGAUCGUGCAGCAGUCCAGUUUGGCAGUAUGGGCCUGAACGGCGAACCAGGACCAGACGUUGAUGAAGAGCGGGAAGAGCCGGAGACUCGACUGCCACCGCAGCACUCUCCACCAUCGCAACCACGCACCUCUCUGCCUCCUGCGCCGCGCCAGACGGUCGCACCACAGGAGCUGAGUGGUGAGGCGGCUGUUCCUACGCCAAAGCAGGCACCUGGUCUACCGCCAGCGUCCGCCCAGAACCAGCAGCAAAUGCUGCAAGAAGCGAGCUUAGGACAGAACCUGGCCCAGGAGCAACAGGUGAGCCAGCCUUACAGCCAGUAUGGACGUUACGGACAACAGGAUUCUGGAGCGCAACAGAAGCCAUACGAUCACUUCGGCCACCAAGCCCAGCAUAGUCAGUACGACCAAUUUGGCGGACAUGCUCCACAGCAGCCCCAACAGCAAGCUCCGGCCGGCUUUGGAGGCCUCUCGUCUGCGCCAAGCGACUAUUCCUCCUACUACACCAGCGAUCAAUCUCGUGCGUACAACCAAUAUUAUGGCAGCUCAUUCGGUCUUCAUGACGGCCGUGGCCAACUCGGCCAAUCGCAGGCGCAGCAGGACAACAGCGCGGGCCCUCAGCGUUCUGCAAGUGGAUUCGGACCGAUGCCCCACGAUGCAUCCUCUGCGUUCGCGUCGCAGGCACCGCAGCCUGCCCAGUCUCGUUUCGCAGAGGCUCCCGGCUCUGGCCAGAACACGCCGAACCCUCCAAUCGGCGGACAGCAGCAAUCUGCUCAGCAAGUCAACGCUCAGCACUCGCAGCACUCGAUGCACCAGCCCCAAGGUCACCAGCAGGGUGGAUACAGUGCCGCAGCAGCAGCGGCAGCGGCCGCGGCUGGCUUCCCAUACGGCCAUCCCUACUACAACAGCCCAUACCAGCAGGCGUAUCAAAACCAAUUCGGCUACACUCCUCAGGCCGGUGGCUAUGGUGGCGCGGGUUACCCGGGGAAGCAAGGAAGCAUGUAUGGAGGACCUCACGGCUACGGACUGGGAUCGCAGUCUUCUUAUGACCAACACUCUUCCUCCCCGUCCAACGCUGGGGCGUUUGGACAGAACCAGCAGUCCUCGAUGCGCAGCACCAGCGGCAUGGGCUCUGGACUUGGAGGACUUGACGACUACAAUCGCGGAUCUCAGGCCGGCUCCCAUCAGCAGAGCGGCGGUUUUGGCGCCAUGAACGAUCCCUUUGCACGCUCCACCUCAGGUCUAGGCUCGCAAGGCUACGGUCAGCAGAGCAUGACUACGGGCCCCGACGACGCCCUGAAGCCAUUCAACGACUCGAAGAGUGGUCCAUCGCCAGCGCUCGGACAGCCUGGCCGCCCGGGGUCUGAGGCGAACAACGCAGCUGGCAAUACGCAAACCGGACUGCCACCGCCACAGAACCAGAACUCUGCAUUUGGCGGAUACCCGGGAUUCCCAGGCCAAGGCAGUCAGUAUGGUGGCCUCGGAGGUCUGGGCAGCCAUCAGCAAGGCCACGGAGGCAUGGGCGGACAGAGCGCGUACGGUGGCUACGGCGGCUUCAACCAGACGUACGGCGGCUAUGGGGCGUCGCGUGGGUGGGGCGCAAACUACGGUGGACACUAG